CACACCAAAGCUCACCAUUUUUCUUGCUGUCGCCUCCUUGGCAACGUUAAAAAGUUGCUCAGAAUCCCAGUUUGUGCGCUUCGACGCUGUGGUCGGAGCUAAUACGCAAUCGACAAUCGACAUCCCUCGCUAAGAUCUUAGCCAGAGUUUAGCAGAGAUGGGCGACUCAGAGCUGGACGCCAUUCGGCAGCGCCGGAUGCAGGAGCUCAUGGCGCAACGCGGAGGACAAAAGGGUGGUGCGGGCGGUGCACAAAGUUUAGAACAACAACAGGCUCAAGAGGAGCAGCAGAGAGAGGCUGCAGAACGCAGACAAAUGAUGCUUGCUAGGGUUUUGUCGUCGCAGGCACGUGAACGGCUGGCUCGAAUUGCCUUGGUGAAGCCUGACAAAGCCAAGGGUGUAGAGGACGUCAUUCUGCGUGGUGCACAGUAUGGACAAAUCACAGAAAAGGUGUCUGAAGAAAGACUUAUACAACUCCUCGAGCAAAUCAAUGAGCAAACACAGAAGAGCACCAAAGUUGUGAUUACAAGGCGAAGGAAUGUUUUUGACGAUGACUCAUGAGCCAUGACAUCAGAAUCAAUUGACGCUCUGAAUUGAGUCAGAAGAUGUGCGAGAUUGGGUGCAAAUAGUUUGAUGGGAGUUUGGUUUGAUGUGUUGCAGUGGGUAUUCUGACUGGAGGAGACGAAAACUUGGAUAUCUGAAGGGACACAAUGAUGUGAUAUUUAGAAAUCUUUGAGUUUCUUAUAAGUGCUUUUGUUAUUUUUAUAGUGAUGUUGAAUUGGAGGCCCCGUUUUGUGCAAGUUCUUCAAA